CUCUCGCCGGGCCCGGCCCGGGACUACGGUGCCCACAUGGCCUUGCGCCCCGGCGCAUGAGCGCUCGGGCGCUGUAGCGCAUCUAUUAUACUGCCUUGCCGAGGAUAAAAAGAAGAGCAACUGGAGGGACUGUAAGGCAAACGUUGCUGGAGCUGCCGGGGCAAAUUUGCUCUAGGUUGUAUGGUUGCACGCUGGCAAUGGGAUGUCAGUCCCAUUCAGGGAGCAUAAAGGAAGAGAGGAGCUCUCCCCGUUGCUGCCGCAGUGACAGCGAGUGAGACGCCAGCAGGAAGAUGUCGGCGGUGACAUCAGCCAUCCAGGCUCCUCAGGGCCCCGUCAACCCCCCGCCUCCAGAGGUGACCAACCCCAGCAAACCCGGCCGCAAGACCAACCAGCUGCAGUACAUGCAGAAUGUGGUGGUCAAGACCUUGUGGAAGCAUCAGUUUGCUUGGCCUUUCUACCAGCCUGUGGAUGCAAUUAAACUGAAUUUGCCGGAUUAUCACAAAAUAAUAAAAAACCCCAUGGACAUGGGCACGAUCAAGAAGCGCCUGGAGCACAACUAUUACUGGAGUGCCAGUGAAUGUAUGCAGGAUUUCAACACCAUGUUUACAAACUGUUACAUUUAUAACAAGCCCACAGAUGACAUUGUCCUGAUGGCCCAAGCCCUGGAGAAGAUAUUUCUGCAGAAGGUUGCCCAGAUGCCUCAGGAGGAGGUGGAGUUGCUGCCCCCAGUUCCUAAAGGCAAAGGUCGCAAGCCCUCAGCAGGCAGCCAGGGCACAGGUAGGGAUCCGGCCAGGGACAGGGAGGGUGGGGGUGUUCCCAAGCCUGCCCCACCUUCCAGGCUGCUGGGCUGUGCAGCUCAGCUAUUUUUUAUCGCUUUAACAAACACCCCCACGCCCCCCGUGGUCAAGAAAAAGGGAGUGAAGAGGAAAGCAGACACCACCACCCCCACCACCUCUGCCAUCACUGCCAGCAGGAGCGAGUCCCCCACGCCGCUGUCGGACCCCAAACAGGCCAAAAUCAUCGGGCGCAGGGAGAGCGGCGGCCGCCCCAUCAAACCACCAAAGAAGGACCUGGAGGAUGGAGAGGUGCCUCAGCAUGCAGGGAAGAAGGGCAAACUCUCUGAGCACCUCAAGUACUGUGACAGCAUCCUCAAGGAGAUGCUCUCCAAGAAGCACGCAGCCUAUGCAUGGCCCUUUUACAAGCCCGUGGAUGCAGAGGCCUUGGAAUUACAUGACUAUCACGAUAUUAUCAAACACCCCAUGGAUCUCAGUACUGUGAAAAAGAAAAUGGACAGUCGGGAAUACCAGGAUGCACAAGGUUUUGCAGCAGAUAUUCGGUUAAUGUUCUCUAAUUGUUACAAGUACAAUCCUCCAGACCACGAGGUGGUGGCCAUGGCCAGGAAGCUCCAGGAUGUCUUUGAGAUGAGGUUUGCAAAAAUGCCUGAUGAGCCUGCAGAGGCCCCCCCUCCACCUCCCCCAACAGCCCCAGUGGUGAGCAAAAGCACAGAGAGCAGCCACAGCAGCGAGGAGAGCUCCUCCGACUCCGACAGCUCCGACUCCGAGGAGGAGCGGGCGACUCGGCUGGCCGAGCUCCAGGAGCAGCUGAAAGCUGUCCAUGAGCAGCUGGCUGCACUGUCCCAAGCGCCAGUGAACAAACCAAAGAAAAAAAAAGAGAAGAAGGAGAAAGAGAAGAAAAAGAAAGAUAAAGAGAAGGAGAAAGAAAAGCACAAAGUCAAAGCUGAGGAGGACAAGAAACCCAAGGUGGCUCAACCACCCAAACAACCCCAACAGAAGAAAGCCCCAGCUAAGAAAGCGAACAGCACAACCACAGCUAACAGGCAGCCCAAGAAAGGAGGCAAACAGGCAUCUGCAAGCUACGACUCGGAUGAGGAGGAGGAAGGGCUGCCCAUGACCUACGAUGAGAAACGACAGCUCAGCCUGGACAUCAACCGGCUGCCCGGGGAGAAGCUGGGCAGGGUGGUUCACAUCAUCCAGUCCCGGGAACCUUCCCUCAGAGACUCCAAUCCCGACGAGAUUGAAAUAGAUUUUGAAACCUUGAAGCCCACAACGUUACGAGAACUGGAGAGAUACGUGAAAUCUUGUUUACAGAAAAAACAAAGGAAACCGUUUUCUGCCAGUGGCAAAAAGCAAGCAGCAAAGUCAAAAGAAGAGUUAGCUCAGGAAAAGAAGAAAGAACUAGAAAAACGGUUACAGGACGUCAGUGGGCAGCUAAACAACAACAAGAAGCCUGCAAAGAAAGAGAAAUCCGGCUCCACUCCCUCUGGAGGCCCCUCCCGGCUCAGCAGCAGCUCCUCCUCCGAGUCGGGGAGCAGCAGCUCCAGCGGCUCCAGCUCGGACAGCAGCGACUCGGAAUGAGCUGGGACACACGGACACACCCCCAAACGGACACCCCUGCUCCCCCCUCCCCUCCUUCACCCCCUGCUCUCGGGCCACGGUGGUCAGGUUUUAUCCCCCUUCUCACUUUUUCUCUGACUUGGUUUUUUUUUUUUAUUUUAUUUUUUAACUCAGUGUUACAAAAGGUAUCUUCCAUUUUUUAUUUUUUUUUUGGGGGGGGUGGCUCUCUUUUAAUAGGUCAAAGAUCUUUGAGUGUGUGUGUGUGACUAGACUUUAUGACAAAUAGUUCCCUUUGCAUAAAGUCUCUAAAUUUUACAUUUAUCUGGAGAAAAUUGGUCAAAAAUGGAAGAACUUUGAGCUCUUAGCAGGAGAUAAAUAGAAAAUUCUGCAAGGUUUGUAGUACAUUUCCCUCCAAGCCCUUCCCUCUCCCCAGAAUAUUCUCUUUUAAUAAGCCUGCCUGGCUCACACAAGGUAAAAACCAUCUUUUUUUAAAGAAAUCUCUGUAAAAUGGUACUGUAUCUGAAAGAUGUUAGCUUUUGAACUAGUUGGUGUAUUUGUUAUUAGCACUAGUAUUCUUAAUCUCCAAGUCUACAGUGUGAUGAAAAUGUCAGAUGCUAUCAUCUUUUUACAUAAAAGCAACAAAAAAAAAUCCAAAAAAAUUCUCAUGUACUGUGGAUUGCUAACAUGCUUUUUCUUUUAAUCUUGGUAGAGGCAUAGACACCUGUUCAGGAAGGUCUUGAAGCAUGAAUUUAACUUUUAAGCACACAAGCAAUAGAAGUGGUUGCAUUUCUUGGUUUUCCACUCAAAAGCUUCACUUUUCCUGGGCAUUUAUUGGGAAGAAGGGAGCAAGGGACACACUCAAGUUUCUUGGGAAUGUUGUUUUUACCAUGAAAUAGAUAAUUUCCAGGAAAUGGACGCUCUCUAUGAAAGUUUUCAUGGAAUUGAAAAGAGGUUUUUUUUGGCUGGAAGUUGUCAGCUGGAGCCUGGAGUGAUCCCUGCAGCGAGCAGGACAAGUCAUGUGCCCCUGACUGGGCACAUCUUGGGGAUUUUCUCCAUGACAAACACCCCAGUCUGGGCUCAAAAUAAAGCAGCACUUGAGCUCCAGCUGAGGCUGAGCUGGCAGGGGAAGUGGAGAGGGGUUUUGUGUGUGUUUGGGCUUUUUACUUUUGAGUUUGCUCUGGUUUUCUCCCUUCUCCUCAUUCUGGUAACAAGCUCCUAGAAAAGGGAUGCUCCUCCUGUCAAGUUCCAGGCACUGAAAAGUUUUACCUCAAUGAAAAGAAGAAAGAGAGGAGGGAGAAGGAAAAAAAAAGCUGAUUUUUUUUAAAGCUUGCUGUUUUUUCAGUCCAGCCUAGCACUGCUGCCAUACACCCUGGUUUCGGUGUCCCUAAUUUCAUGUAUAUACCAUGACUUUAUUUAUUAAACACCAUUGGUCAUUUAAAAUGUAAUAAAACCUGACAAAAGCAAAGCUGGGGUUCUGCAGGCCAGCAGACAGGCAGAAUUUUAAUGAGGUUUGAACCAGAUUAAAGAAAACCCAAACAACAACAAAGCAAAUAAAAAUCCACAGCUUUAUUUAUAUACCUUGGACUUUCUACCUACAGGUGCUACAGUCCAGUCCCUUGUGUGUCUGGUGCUCUGUCAUGUUUGGUGUGUUCAUUUUUAGGUUUUUGUUCCUCUUCUUUUCACCCCAGCUUCCUUUUUUCCUGUUUUGUACAGAUUUUAGAGACUUACACUUCAAUACAACUUCAUUUUCUCAGUGGUCUUUUUCUCCCCCCUCUAUUUUUGUUUUGGGGGUUUUAUCCUUUUCUAAUCCAAUUUUAAGAAAAUAUCAGUUCUAUAAUUAUAUCAAAUUUGUAACCUGAGGGGCAGAAGUUUUAUUGUAAAUUCUUUUUAUUGUAAAGAAGAAAAAAAUAUACAGAGUUUAACAGAAAGUUCUGCCAUUCCAUCUCUAGCACCAGCCCCUAAAACUGCCUCUAUCCUGUGGGGUAGCCCUAAAAUUCACCUUCCUGUGCUCUCCCAGUGGUGCAAAUUGCUCCAGGUUUUAUUUUCCCUGCAGGUGAGUGGCCCUGGAGGCCCCUCAAGGCCAGCCCAUGAUUUCCUUUGCACACUCAGCCUCAGGGGAUGCUGUGCUGGGAAUUUGGGAAUCACUGCCUGCACUUCCAGCUGCACCCAUGCUCAGUGCCAGCCACCACUGCCCAUCAGCCAAGGGUGAUUUGCUUGAGCAUCUGCCUCUCAAAAUCUGCUGGCGAGCAGAGAUUCCUUCCCACAGCAUUUGAAAGAAAAAUGUUCUGAGUUUUACUGAAAUUCGUGAUUUUUCUUUUCCAUUAACAAUGGAGUUCAGUUCUGUUUGUUUUUUUUUUUAAGUUCUGCCCUUUUAAAACCUUCCCCCAGACAAAUCCCUGGUAAUAUAUUUUCAGUAUUUACUAUGAGGAAAUGUAAUAUUCACCUAAUUAAGAGCUUGGGGUUUUUUUUAACGGGGUUGGGUUUCACCUGUGUUUCUCCUGUUGCCUGCAACUUGAAUGAUGAAAACCAAGGAAUAUUUUAAGGAAUAAUUGCAACCAAUUCACUGCCACGGCAUUUGGAUAAACAAACUCCCACUUUUCCCUUCCUGGGACCUUUUCCUGCGUGCUUGACCCUGAGCUGUGGUGGUGGCUUCUGUGAGGAGGACAAACUGGAGGUGACAGCAUCACUGCCACAAAAGUCCUGGGAAUUUCAGCUCUGUCACCAUCCUCUGACAUCAGGAGAAGCCUCUGGAACACACAGACAUCCCUCAAGGAGCCACAGGCUGUCCCACCAAAAUGAAUUGGGGAAGUUGGAGCCAGAGGGGUGAGAACCAACCAAGAAGUGAUGGGGAAAGCUCUGGAGGAGGAUCCCUGUCAGCUGGAAAAACAUCCCAGCUUGGGGAUUUUCAACCUGCCAAGGCCACCC